AUGGAGGUAGAGCAAACUCGCAUCUCUAUUGACGAAUCAUUCAAAAGCUUUAACUCAGAUCUCUUAGAAGAAGGGCAGACAGAGGAGUCACAAUAUGCUGCACCUGAAUUUCAUGAGGCAAAUCAAGUAGGUACCGAAGCAAUAAAUUUACAUACUCAGGCAACAACUACUCAAGAACCUGUUAUAAAAAGAAGGACCAAUAAUGAAAAAAGAAGUAAUCAUGAAGAGAAAGUCAAACGCGAUAAACUUAAACAUGUUAUGAGGCCGAGCUGUCCUGAGCCGUGUAAGAAAAAGUGUUCGUCCUUGUUGGUGGAUGCAGACAGAGUAUACAUUUGGGAAAAUUAUUGGUCACUUAAAUAUUGUGACCGACGAAAAUGGCUUGCAAAGAAUGUCCAAAUAGUACAAAUUCAACGAAAAACCGUAACAAAGGCUCCAGCUGAACACUUUUUAAAAGCCGAUAGCCGAAAGUUUUUCUUACCCAAAAAUAAUCAAAGUGUCUGUGUCUGCAGAAGAUUUUUCUUAAACACUUUGGUAUAUAGCAAUGACUCUGUAAUAACGGAAUUGUGUGCGGCUAUCAAAAGAGAACCUCUUCUAAAUAAUAUAAGAGAAAAUAGAGGAAUUUCCAAUCCUGAAAGAGCACUAUGUCGCACUGUACUUAUUAAUCAUAUUAAUAGUUACAAACCUUCUGUUAGCCAUUACAGACGUCAUAAUGCUCCCAAUAUGCGAUACGUGCCUCGAGAGCUUACUGUUAAAGCAAUGUACAGUGAUUUUAUUGUAAAACACCCAGGAUUUUGUAAACUCGAAACCUAUAGAACAACACUGAAAUCUAUGCAUGUGUCUUUGCGCAUGCCCAAGUCUGAUGUGUGUGUUGACUGUGAGACCUACAAAAUAUCAAUUGCGUGA